AUGGAGGAAAACAAGGCACCGCCUGUUCCCUAUCUGUACCUGUAUAGUAAUGGUCUAGUGAAUCGUGCUCUACCUGUCAGAGUUGUUAGUUCCUGUAACCUCGAUAUCUACACCUUUCCCUUCGACAUACAAAACUGCACAUUUACCUUCAACUCCUACUUGCACUAUGCAUCCGAUAUAAAGAUUUUUCUUGGAAGAUCUGCGGAACUAAUAACACAGAUCUCCAAGAGUGUGAUGGCCACCAUGGGUGAAUGGGAGCUGCUGGAAAUCACCGCCUAUAAAGUCAAUCAUGAUGGAGAGAAUGAGAAUUUUUAUUAUGAUGAGCUUGAAUAUCAUAUCAGAUUGAGGCGCCGGCCCACUAUGUAUGUGGUCAACCUCCUCCUACCCAGCUGCUUUCUCAUCACAGUCGACCUCUUCAGCUUCCUGCUGCCACCACAGAGCGUGGACAGGUCCGCCUUCAAGAUGACCCUCAUCCUCGGCUACACCGUCUUCCUCCUAAUCAUGAAUGACCUGCUGCCGGUCACCGGAAACACCAUACCCCUCAUAAACGUGUUCUUUUCUCUCUGCCUGGCUCUGAUGGUGGCCAGUCUGCUGGAAACAAUCCUCAUCACCAACCUGCUCUGUGGGUCUGCUGACUUCUCUCCUGUCCCUCACUGGAUGCGAGUCCUUGUUCUGCAAUUUCUGGGUGUUAUUGUUUGUAUGCCACGAAUGAAUAAGAAGCCAAGAGUUUCAGAAAUAGACCUUAAGACCAGGACUGCUGUGGCAACUAUUGAAACUUAUGUGGGGCCUCACGAGCCAAAGGGGCAAUCAGCGGAGGACCUGGCUGUGUAUGAGCUCAAGAAACUGGGCAAGGACCUCCAGGCCAUUCGCCUGAAGGUUGAUCAGGAGCUAAAGGACAGCCAAAGCUCAGAGGACUGGAUGCAGGUGGGUUUCAUCAUAGACCGUCUGCUGUUUGGCCUCUACAUUCUCUUCAUCUCAGUCAGCUUUAUCACCAUCAUCAUUAUCUGGGUGAACUUGUACAAUAAGUAG